AUGGCCUCCCUCCGCCGCAACAAGACUCUCUCUCCAGAUGGGCAAACCGCUAAGUUUCUCUACACCAUCAUCAAGCAACUCGACCUUAAGGCUAUUGAUUGGAACCUUGUGGCUGGCAGUCUGGAGAUCACGAACGGCCAUGCGGCAAGAAUGCGGUAUAGUCGUUUCAAGCAACACAUGGAAGGAGCAGUCACCCAGCCGAGAGCGCCUAGGACAAGUAAGAAAGAUGGUAAGGAGGGGAAGGAGGGGAAGGAGAGGAAGGAGGUAGGCAAGAAGGGGAAGAAGAGAGGUUUCGAAGAAGACACGGAUGAUCAGAAAGAUGCUCCAGUGUUUCCGAAAAGCGAGCCCGGACUAGCUGGUACAGGUGUAAGAGUUAAACGAGAAUGUGUUGGUGGUAGCAUACGCAUCAAGAGCGAGACAGAUCCAGAACCAUCCUCUCCUGAAGUUCACAUCAAACAGGAACCUGGUCUCUUUCCGAACGAACGGAUUGCCGUCAGCGAAGCACCGUCUGCCACCAGGAUAAAGCAAGAGCCCGAGCCUACCAAUAAAAACUCCACCAUCAACCCUGAUAUCUGGCACGUCCUCCCGCAUGCGCCCAGCAACGAGACUUUUCUUCAGAACCAAGUAUCGAGAGCAACUACCCUGACGAGCCAGCCUCUCGAUCCUGCUCUUCGUCAAUCACAUCCCCUUCCAGCUCCUCAGUCGACAGUUUCGUUGGCCGACCUGGAAGUCUCUCCUCGGUCCCAAGGACCUACUAUCACAGGCUCUGCAGACACCGGCACCACUCGUCGCCGCAACUUCAUGACCGGUUUUGCAUCAGGGCAGCAAAAUGUGCUCGGUGGUUCUGCUGGCAGCAAUAUCGGUACUGUGCAGAUCAAAGCCGAGCCUUUAUCUGAUAUGGACUGGAUGAUCACUGGGCCGAACACGGACGUGAUGGUGAAGAGCGAGCCGCUGGAGAUUUGA